AUGCUCUGUGUUACUCAGGAGGAGCGCUCCUUCAGUGAGGAGGAGGAGGAGAAGCUCCAGAGCGGUCUAUCUCUGGAGAAACACACUCUUCAUCUGCUGCUGGAAACCCUGUCCUUCAUCCUCGAGCAGAAUCAGAAUCAGAAUCAGAAUGAGCUUUACUGCCAGGCCGUGUAUCACAACCUCAAACCAGCGUCUCUCAGACAGCAGCUGGAGAACAUCAGCGUCCAGCCGGAGAAAGCUGAGGUGUUCGCUCAGGUUUGGGCUUCAGCUGCUCCAGACGUGCUGCAGAAGAUCAGACUCGGCAUAUUUGCCCCAAACAAGCUGGAUCUUGUGGGUUGGCAGCUCAAUCUGCAGAUGGCUACAUCGGCUCGGAGCAGACUGAAAGCGCCGCAUGCCGUCCUCAAUCUGGGGCUCCGGACGGAGGACGACACCGAGCGUCUGCAGGACGUGUUUGUGGAGUUCAACCAUCAGGAUCUGCUGGACUUCUACAAUCAGACUGGAGCUCCUGGAGUGUUUGAGUGUGAAGUGUUAAUGAACUGAAGCUCCGUCACACGUCUGAUGAUGUUUCAUUAAAG